AUGUGUGAAAUCAUGGAAAUUCUAAAUGAGCCAUCUUCUGAUGAAGAGAAUGAUCAAGGUGUCGCGAAUGCAAAAGACGUCGACGUCGUGUACAUUCCUCCUCCUAAUGUGGAUUUUGUCACCGAUGAGGAAGAUUUGGACGAUGACCAGAUCAAUUUAAAUGACAAAAACGAUCUUUACUUAAGUGAAAUCGCUGGUAAUAUCGAGUUGCAAUAUUCAGUGGAAGGAGAUAACGUCGAGGAUACAGUGGAGCUGAAACAGAGUGGAGUUGAAAAGCCAUCAACAUCUAGUGCAAAUGGAAGACAAACGAACUCUGGCGGAGUUAAGAGGAAGUCAGAUUUUUAUAUCCCCAUAUGGCGAAAACCCAGAAAUUUUCAAUAUAGCAGAGCACCUGUAAACAACGAAGCUAAUAAAUUGGAAGAAAUUUACGCAGAAAUUGAAAUUACGAAUUUCACCAAUGAGUACGCAAAUCAACAUAACGCAGCCAUCAACGUCACAACAGUAGAAAUACGUAGGUUUAUUGGUAUUUUGUACAUUUCUGGGUAUCAUACCUUGCCACAUAUUGAUCACUAUUGGUCUGUUCGACCAGACAUGGGCAUACAAAUUGUGAAACAAGCAAUGAGUCGUAAUCGCUUCAAAAUAAUUAAACGCUUUCUACAUCUCGCGGAUAAUACCGAUUUGAAUACAGAAGAUCGCUUUGCUAAA